GCGGUAUUUCCGCAUAAAUUCGAACAGAGCUAAUUCUGUUCAUUGCUCCCCCGUCUUUCCUCAACGUCCAGCUCGACGACUACGACAGCGACGUCCAUCAUGCUUGCCCGCUCUGCAGUCCGUGCAUUUUCCGCCAACUCCCGCACUUUUUCUUCGUCCGCUACAAGGCAGACGAAAGUUGCCGUCCUUGGCGCUGGCGGAGGCAUUGGACAACCGUUGUCACUCCUCCUCAAGACUGACCCCCUUGUCACCUCUCUCAGCCUUUAUGAUAUCCGUGGCGCACCCGGCGUUGCAGCUGAUGUAAGCCAUGUUGAUGCUCAUAGUGAGGUCUAUGGUUACCCCGCUGACAAGCUCGACGAGGCCCUUGAUGGCGUCCAAGUGGUUGUUAUCCCUGCUGGUGUCCCAAGAAAGCCCGGUAUGACUCGUGACGAUCUAUUUAAUACCAACGCUUCCAUCGUCCGCGACCUCGCAGCAGCAAUUGGCCGUGUCGCACCUACUGCCCACAUUCUUGUCAUUUCAAAUCCUGUCAACUCCACCGUCCCUAUAGUUGCCUCCACCCUCCAGAAGGCUGGCGUUUACAACCCUGCACGCUUAUUCGGUGUCACGACCCUUGAUGUUGUCCGUGCUGCUCGCUUCACCGCUGGUAUUGCAGGUGUUAAGCCCGCGGACACUCCCAUAACUGUUGUCGGUGGUCACAGUGGCGCGACUAUUGUCCCUUUGCUAUCACAGAAUGCACACGGAAAAGCUAUCAUAGGCGAUGUUUACAAGGCUCUUGUCCACCGCAUUCAGUUUGGUGGUGAUGAGGUCGUGAAGGCUAAAGAUGGUGCUGGUAGCGCCACCCUUUCGAUGGCAUAUGCUGGUGCCAAGUUCACCAACUCUCUGUUACGAGGUUUGAACGGCGAGAAAGGUGUCAUCACGCCCACCUUCGUUGAGAGCCCUCUUUACAAGGACCAGGGUAUCGACUUUUUCUCGUCCAAUGUGGAACUUGGUAUCAAUGGUGUCGAGAAAAUUUACUCUCUUGGGCCUCUUUCUGCUGAAGAAGAGAAGCUGAUGGAGGCCUGCUUGCCUGAACUCAAGAAGAACAUUGAGAAAGGCAAGGCAUUUGUUGAGAGCUAGUAGAUUGCUCGCGCAAGACGAACGGCUUUUGGCAGGUUUAAACCCUCCUUGUCAGGUACCUGAAUCGACCACCAGCAUUUGAAACGUACGAUAUGAUUACGACAGCCUUGAGUACAAGUGAACCAACGUUGAUCAAGAGGUUGACCCUUGCU